UUUUACUUGAUUUUGGUCUCGAAAAUUCAGACAUUCUUUCGUAAAUUUCAAAACCAAGAUUACAUUUUGUAAGGAGCAGAACUUUCAGAGUUUCAUUUGGGAUUCAUUCAGGGUUUGAAUCUUUUAUAUCAAAGUUGCUGAAGGUGAUUAAAGAUAUGAAAGCCACAGAGGAAGAAGAAGACUAUGAUCCUUUGUUGUUAGAGAAUGGAAAUCUUGAAAAGAAAGAUAGGGAGGGUUUAGGCAAUCCAACAGCGCCUUCUCUUAAUCAUCAAGCAUUGCAUUUGCCAAAACAUAAUAUAGCCUUUCAUGAACAAAUCCCAACUGAAGAAAAUGAAAACUACAGUGUCACAUCUCAACAGAAGAAGCAGCAGCAGCAUUGCUUCGCCGUGUCCAUGGCUUUCUCUUUCUCCAUCUCCGCCAUAUUGCUUCUCGUUCUCCUCUCAUUCUCCGUCACCGGCCAGCAACCCAGCUAUAAAGGCCCCAUCAUCUUCAACUUCGGAGACUCCAACUCCGACACGGGCGGACUUGUCGCUGGACUCGGCUACACCAUCAACCCCCCUUACGGCCGCACCUACUUCCGGCGAUCCACCGGCCGGAUGUCCGACGGACGCCUCAUCAUCGACUUCCUCUGCCAAAGUUUGAAUACAAGCCUAUUGGCUCCAUAUCUAGACUCUCUGUCAGGGUCCAAGUUCACAAAUGGGGCGAAUUUUGCAAUAGUCGGGUCGUCUAUCUUCCCUAAACGCAUCCCUUUCUCUUUGAGCAUCCAAGUCAUGCAGUUCCUUCAUUUCAAAGCUACUGCAGGCUCAAAAGACUUGAUAGAUGAUGAAGGUUUUCGGAAAGCACUUUACAUGAUCGAUAUUGGACAAAAUGACCUUGCUCAGUUGUUUUCCAAAAAUCUCUCGUUCACGCAAAUAACAGAGAAAAUCCCACCAAUUACUACAGAAAUCAAGAAAGCCGUUAAGACUAUAUAUGACCAAGGCGGGCGGAAUUUUUGGAUACACAACACUGGGCCAUUGGGUUGUCUCCCUCAAAAACUUUCAUCAGUCCAGCAGAGGGACAUGGAUACAUAUGGAUGCCUCUCGACCUACAAUGCGGCUGCAAGAUUGUUCAAUGUAGGAUUGCGUCAUACAUGCGAUGAGAUGAGAUUUGAAUUGAAGGAUGUUAAAGUAGUAUAUGUAGAUGUAUAUGCCAUCAAGUAUGACCUUAUUGCUAACUACACCAAAUACGGUUUCACUAGUCCUCUAAUGGCAUGCUGUGGAAACGGAGGUCCUCCAUACAACUAUAACAUGAGGCUGACGUGCGGCUAUCCCGGUUCUCAGGUUUGCGAGGAUGGAUCCCAACUCAUAAGUUGGGAUGGGAUUCACUACACUGAAGCUGCAAAUACCAUUGUAGCUUCAAAAAUACUUUCCACGGAUUAUUCUAUACCGCCAAUUCCAUUUGAUUUCUUUGUUCGUAGUUAGUCGAUUGUUGGAUUUCAUUGUUUCCACUUCAGUUCUCUUGUACUGAAUUUUCAAAGACUCGAGAACAUAGUAGACUUUGGAGAACAAAAUUUUGUGCCUGUGUAUCA